AUGGGCGUCUUUGGAGAAAAACACACAUCGCUUACUCGUGAGCAGAAGCGUCAACUGAUUCACCAAGCUGACACUUACAAGUUGCGGCCGACUGAAGUGUGCGACUGGGUGCAGGCUACCUGGGGACUUCGAAUCGCACGAGUAACGGUGUACUCAAUCCUUCACAAGCAGCGUGCAUCCUUGAUGGCUGGCCACAAAGAUCUCUACCAGAAUAUCCAAAGCACACAAAAUGGAUCAUCACAAAUGACUGAUGCACACUCAACAAACACUCACUCAGCCAAUGAUUCAUGUCUUUCAGUGAAUAAAGAAACCGGACGUGUCAAUAAAUACAGAGCCAGUCCAAACAAAAACAAAAAUAAGAAUAAGGAUAGCAGCAAUGAUAGCAACACCAAGUGUAGUCGAAGCAGUAGCGUCAUGAGCGACGGAUCCUCGACCGCUUCCUCUUUGGAUGGAACUGGUGAAGGAGCAAGAUGGGAGGGGCAACUCAAGCGCGUGCGAGAGCCAGCCUCGGUUGAGCUCGACCGGGCCAUGGUCGCCUUUUUGAAGAGCCCUGCCAGUGUUGAUAGCCAAGGUCGUAGACUUAAUGACGCCGAGUUGCAGUCACAUGCCCUUAGGCUUGCUCAAUCCAUCCCUAGCGCCAAACGUAUGCGAUGUUCUUUUGGUUGGUUACGGCAUUUCAAGCGUAGAUUAGGUGUCCAGUGGGCUGCUGACAAGCUUGGUCGGUAUCGUUGGAUCGUCGAGAUGGACCAUCAGAAGGCAGAUGAACAGGCCACUAGUGCUGAUGCUAGUAUGUCAUCUUCGUCCACAAUCGAGAUUAAAAAAGAACAUAGCAUGGAUAAUGGACGCCAGAGUUCGACUACAGGCUCAGAAGAUGAUGAGGAGGAAUACCAUUCCACAUAUGAGUUUGGAUCGGAGGCUUCGCCCAGUCCUUCGCCUAUGAAGCAACCCAAGAGCACACCCCCAACUACCACACAGCAAAAUCAAGAUCUAGUUGCCUCUACCACCCAACAGAAUUCGACUCAAAGUCUUUUGAACUCUUACUCCCACUUGUUUGGCACCCUUCCCCCACUGCAUGUCCCAAGCAGCACCGCUCCCCUGAACACGAUCUCGCCCCUCGCCACCACUCUUGAUCCAAAGCUUACAUCAACCGUUUCCCCUUCGACAACUAUGCCAGCUUCAUCCGCGUUCGGCAUGAGUGUUGAUGGCAAAAUGCGAAAGGUUCCUACGAAGGAAGAAGCCUACGAGAUGCUACAGAGUUUAUUGAUGUACUAUGAGCAAGAUCACUCUUACAUUGGUGAGCAACAAACACUUCUUUUGCCGCGCUGGAUUCAUCAGCAGCGCCAGAUCAUGCAGCAGGAUACGGAAGCCAAGAUGAUGUGGAUGCGUCAGCAACAACAACAGUUACACCAGCCACUAGCUCAGCAACAGCCAUUCUCCUUUUACCAGCCUUUGUUGUUCCCAUUCCAGGCCUUGAACGCACAACAGCAGAAUAUGUCAUCAGAACCUCAUCAUCCUUAUCAUCGCUACCACUCUUCCUUCUCUUCAACAUCAACAGCACCAUCCACACUCUCAUCUUCUUCUCCAGCAUUGUCACCAAUGUCACCUGUAUUGCCACUUACACCUCAAAGCCCUACCGCUAAUCCUUUCAGCUUUGGACUCAGUGGAGUGACCGCAACUUCAGUUAGACUGAGCGAUCCAUUCAUGUCUGCCAAGCCAGAUCUCUCCUCAACCUUUGCAGGUUUUGAGCAGCAAAUGAUGAACGACCCUUCGCUCUUGUUCUAA